AAUUAGGUUACGAGCUUUUAAAUACUGGCAAAGCAAAGGUGGCUCUCGUAUGAUAAGGAUCCACCUUUUCUUCUUCUAAGUAAUGUGGAACGACACUAUCAACAGCCAUUACAGUGGUUGUUAUGAUGACUUGACGGACGAGGUUGCCCUUGAAUACACGAAGAUGUAUACUAUAGUGAGGUUAGAAAAGGAAUCAGAACGAGGUCGCCUGCAUGGCGACAUGUCUGACCCUAUAGAAACAUCAGAUUCUUCUCCAAUUGGGGGCGCCUUAUCAGCUUGGGUUCUCACUGUUCAAGGCAUAGAAUUUGUCUCGUUACCCGGCACAUCUACUGUUCUGGACGAUGAAAAUGAGAUAAAUGGGUUCUUCGAAAUUCGAGACGCUGUGCUUGUUUCCCCCAUUCAAGCCGCCAUGCCCCCAAUCACACUAUGACAAUAUAAGGAGAGCUAGGGAAGAAAGGUAGUCUGUGUAACAUUUAGUGUUAGACUUAAAGGAGAUAAAAAUCAACGUUAACUUAGUAAAGUCAAAUCCUAAAAAGAAUAGAGUUCGC